AGCACGAGAUGAAGGGCAGGGAGCAGACAUCACAGCGUUGACUGAUGUACAGCGCAGAGUUGCCAGGUCGAGAGAAGAGAAAGGGUCCCAUGCUCUCUGCCAGUGAUGCCGAGUUCCCGCGGGAGUACCACACCCUGGCGGCCGGAGGGGGGCGUGGGACCAGACGUUUCCCCGAAAACAGCACCAACAAUGGGGGCUUCACCUCCUCCCUGGACCGCCGGCACAACUCUGUGGCCGCCAAGAGCCUGGAGGCUCUCAACAGCAUCCAUAAGGCCGACAUAGAGAGGCAGAGGGAUGCACUGAUGGAUAUGCAGAAGAACAAGUACUCCAACAGCCCGGGCACAGUGUCCCAGGGCACAGUCACAGCAGGGAGGCAGCAACAACCGAACUACUGGAGCUUCAAGAGUCGUACCCCCCGUGUGACGCGCCUCAGCCCCCCUCAGCCCGCCCUCGCAGACCAGGCCAGCCGAGUGUCAUUCGCUUCGGCCGAAAACCUGGAGACCAUGUCUGAGCCUGACCUGCCCAUGGGCUUCAACCGCAUGAACCGCCUGCGACAGAGCCUGCCCCUGGCCCGCUCCUCCAGCCAGGCCAAGCUCCGCGCGCCAGGGGUCUUGUUCCUGCAGCUCGGAGAGGAGACCCGGAGGGUGCACUUGACCCACGAGCUGACCAGCCUGGACACUCUCCGAGCCCUCAUCGUGCACAUGUUCCCCCAGAGGCUCACCAUGGCAAUGCUCAGGUCUCCAACUACAGCUCUGUUGAUCAAAGAUGAGACUCGAAAUGUGUUCUAUGAGCUGGAGGACCCACGAGAUGUUCAAGAUCGCUGUGUAAUUAAGAUUUACUGCAAAGAGCCCAUAUAUGGAACUUACCCUGGACACCACAACCCGCACUUGGCCAAUGGAGACCUCCGGAGGGAGAUGGUGUACGCCCCUCAGGACUCCCCUAACCGUCGCCUCAGUAACGCACACAUGUCUUCCCAGCACUCGUCUGCCUCUGCCUCUCCCCCACAGGGCUCUCCGUCCCGGGCCAGGCUCCUGUACAGCGGUGGGCGUCCCUCUUCCUACGCCGGACCCCCGCACCACACCCACUCGCUGCCCCACCCGCACUCCCAGUCCCACCACUCUUCCCCCCAUCAGCAGCCUCAUCACCCGCAGGCCGCUUUUGUCGCCUCGUCCAGCGCCAUUUUGGAGCGCCGGGACGUGAAGCCGGACGAUGAGGUGGGGGGGUCCCGGAGUAUGGUGCUGCUGAGGGGGGAUGAUCGUGGAGGAGGGGGCAUCUACGCUGACCCGUACACUCUCGGUCCAGACCCGGGACGGUUGAGUCUAGCAGGAGGUCCGCACUCACCUAUCCCGAGCCGAGCGGACCCUUAUGGUUCUCUAUACCGGCGUGGAGGGGGAGCUGGCUCUGUCCGAUCACUAACUUCUUACUCAGCUGCAGCUUUACAAGGCGAGUUAAUGGAACGAGAAGCGCUGUACAGACCUGGGGGACCACUUUACAAUGACGCCUAUGCUGCUUCAAUGUUGGCCAUGGGACUGCGAGUGCCUCCUCCCUCCUCACCGCAGAAGAUCCCUGACAUGAGAGAUAUGAGAGACCCCUAUGGAGGGACCAUGCCGGGGCGGGGGUCACCGGGGAGGCAGAGUUUAAGGAGAGACUCAGUAACUUCAUCUGUCUUCGGGGACAGUCCCAAAGCCCGAGGGCAGAGCGGGCUGGGAUUGACAGCGGAGCAGCUCUGUCUGAUGGCUGGAGCGGACGGAGGAAGUGGGGCUUACGGAUCUCCACUGAUGGGCAACGAGACAGAAACUAGGGAGCGUAUGGAGGCUAUGGAGAAGCAGAUAGCGAGUCUGACCGGGCUGCUGCAGCGUGUUCUGAGCAGAGCGCCAGAGGCUGAGAGCCCGGAGAAGAUUGAGUCAGCCAGCGACUGUUCAGGAACUGACACUGGACGAACUAAAAAAAAGAAAGCACUGACCCCAUCGGCCCCCCUGGCCCUUAUGCCCCCGCCCUCGUCUGGCUCCAGUCAGUCCGUGUCCGUAUCCCGCUCUCAGAUGCAGCAGCACCUCCAGGGCCUCCAGCAGAACACCAACGCCCUCCGCAAACAGCUCUCACAGCUACGCAACAUACAGUUGGAAAACCAAGAUGCAGUCCUGUCUUUGCUGAGGCAGACUGAAACUGAGCUGAGCCUCAUGAUGCUGGACGCUUCCAGAACCCAAGAAGAUCCACUCCAAAGACAGCGCCUCCUGGUGGAAGAGGAGAGACUCAAGUACCUCAACCAAGAGGAGCUUCUCAUACAACAGCUGCAUGAUCUGGAGAAGUCGGUGGAGGAGCUGCAGAGGAACUCUUCAGUGAACCACGGCUUGGUGACAGAACAAGACGUGGACCAGAAGAGCAAAGAGCUGAGGGCGCUGGGAGACACACUCGCAGAGCUAAAGAGUCAGUUCCCCAGUCUGCAGAGUAAGAUGCGUGUGGUGCUGAGGGUGGAGGUCGAGGCUGUGAAGUUUUUGAAAGAAGAACCAUAUCGUCUGGAAGCUCUUUUAAAACGAUGCAACAACAUGACCGAUGCUCUCAGCUCACUACGCAGACAAGUGACUGAGGGAGUGUGGAAGGGGCCUGAAGACCUGCCCAGCCAACAGCAGAAGAGGUCAGAGGAUUUAAGUCGCAGUUCAGACCUGGACAUUUUGAGCAGUCCCCCCCUCAGCCUCAGUGACCUCAGCUCCAGCUCUGGACUGGCCAACUGGAUGCCCCUGUCCUCCUCCAACGAGUCUGACUCCUCAUGCCCCGAGCAGGACGUUCCCCCGGCGAUGACCUUUCGGAACAGAGUGCUGGACGAGCUGCCCACACGACGCCCCUCGGAUAAGGCUGUGUCGGCCGAAGUCAGACUGGCAGCUGAGCGGGACUGGGAGGAGAAGCGUGCCAGUUUGACCCAGUUCAGUGCGCAGGACAUCAAUCGCUUGUUGGAGGAGACCCAGGCCGAACUCAUGAAAGCCAUCCCGGAUUUGGACUUCGCUGCCAAGCAUAUCAACAAGCCCGCGGUGCCCCCCAAGCCUCAAAUCACCACCCCCAUCACCCCCGUCACAGUCACCCCCUCCUCUGCAGCGGGGACAUCCAGCACCCAAGCAAGCACAACCUCCACCCCCUCCACCCACUCCGCCCUCUCCGCCUCCGGAUCAGAGCCACAGCAGCAGCCUGGCAAAGUGCAACUGGCAGCCCAAAAACUCAACAGCAUGGGGGACGGCUCGGGGUCGCCUAGAGGGUCCGUGGUGGACCUGAAUGUGGCUCGGUACCGAACAGAGAAGCCGUCCAAGUCCCCCCCGCCCCCUCCGCCCCGCCGGAGCUUCCCCUCAGCCCAUGGGCUCACCACCAACCGCACAGGGGAGGUCAUCGUCACCACCAAAAACCUCAAGGCAGAGGAAGAUGGAGAAUUGCCCAAAACACUAGUGAAGCUAAGACGGACCCCGUCGGACACCCCUCGACCUGCUUCGACACCUCCUGUAAUCGCCGCCUCUGCUAUUCAGGAUGAAGAUGAUGAAGAGAAGAUCAUUGCAGAAUUAGAGAACAGCACCCACUCCCCCGGCCCCAAUAAAGGCCCAACUGUGGCAGCGCGACUCAAGCACCUUCAGCAGGGCAGCAGUCUGGAGCGCCCCAAAACCCGCGGAAAACAGAAAGACGAUCUCGCCAAAGUCCCCGGACAGCAGCAGGUCUCUCAGGUCUCAACCCGGACUAUGAUGUGAGUACUGGCAUCAUUGUGGUUUUUGGAUCCCAUUGAAAUGUAAUGAACCGUCUCUUGACCACCAGCUCAGAUUGGUGCAAGUCAAACCCUCCAAUAACUUAGCAGAUGUUUCUUACCUCAUUGUAAUUUAACACUUAGCUGUGGUGUUAAAGGGCCCAUAUUACGCUGUUUUAUGAUCUAUUUUUAUAAUGUUGUUUCCUCAUCAUAAACCUGGAGUUGUGUUUUGUUUCAUUCACACAUGUUUAACUCACAAACUCUGCUUAUUAUAACACUGGAUAUUACAACUUCUUCUCUCAAACAGAAAACACUCUGUUCCUUGUUGUGAUGUCAUGUGGAAAUACCGGAUGUGCUCCACUGUGUUAGCAGAAUUUACCACUAUUUCCUUGAAUCAAUGAGAUGAUUUCAGCCCCGGAAUUGCCCAUUUCUACUGAACUAAAGGUAAAAAGUAGCUGUUAACUUGAAAACAACCGCAUUAUAACAUCACAAAGUGGAACAGAGCAUUUUGAGCUUUGGAGAUGAACAGUGGCAGAGUUGGCAAUUUGGAGGCCCUCAUUAAAAUGCUCUGUUUAUGUUUUUAUUUUUUGGUUUUUUUAAUUUAUUUUCCCCCAUUC